GACUACAUUGGUAACACAUAUGGCUGCGGCAGUGUGUUCCCCGGUCAGAAUUACUGUCAACAAGUGGGCGUUGCUGGCGAUUGCCCGAUAUGUUGUUAUUCACCCGCAAGGAACUCCUCCGGGGUUCUCACCUCAGCAAAGUGUUGCACCGCGGGCAGUGACCGCUGCCCUUGCUGA